UAUUUAGUAAUACCACCGAGAACGUGGUUCUGUUAAUCAUCUUUACUUGUGAAAUACGCCAUUCCAAUUCGAUUCGAAACCGAUAAAAACAAAACUCUAAACCAAAUCAACAGCAGGAAUGUCGCACUUUACCUGCCUGAACUGCGAUGCCCGCUUCGCCAGCGCGGAUGUGCAGCGGGAUCACUACAAGACCGACUGGCAUCGCUACAACCUGAAGCGCAGGGUGGCCCAGCUGCCCCCGGUCACGGCGGAGGAGUUCCAGCAGCGCGUGCUGAGCGCCCGCAGUGCCACGGAUGCGGCGCUGGAGGAGCAGCAGCUGAGCGUCUACUGCCAGGCCUGCAGGAGGCAGUUUGGUGGCCAGAAGGCCCACGACAAUCACCUGAACAGCCGCAAGCACAAGGAGCUCCUCGCCCGCUUCGAGCGGGAUCAGAUGAUGGCCAGCGGUGGCAGCGCCAGUACCGCCUCCGCUUCCGUUUGCACGCGCAGCGUCCUCGAGCCACGCCCCCAUCCCGCCCUGGCCGCCGCCGCCGCUGGCAAGGGUCGUCUGGCCUUUGCGGAGCGAGCCGCCAAGGCGGAUGAGGACCAGGAGAUGGACGAAGACGACGACGACUUCGAGGACAUCGAGGAGGAGGAGGUGGACUCCGAUGAGUGGGACAAGAUACCCGAGAAUCCGCUGACGGAGCGCGACUGCCUGUUCUGCUCACACGAGAGCGAGGAUCUGGUGGAGAACCUGAAGCACAUGUCCGUGGCCCACUCGUUCUUCAUCCCAGACACAGAAUACUGCACCGACAUCGAGGGACUGCUCUACUACCUGGGCGAGAAGGUGGCCAACUACUUCAUCUGCCUGUUCUGCAACGAUCGCGGCAAGACCUUCUACUCCCUGGACGCGGUGCGCAAGCACAUGGUCGACAAGGGCCACUGCCAGAUGCUCCACGAGGGCGUGGCGCUGGCCGAGUAUGCCGAGUACUACGACUACAGCAGCAGUUACCCAGAUAAUAAAGAAGGCAUGGACAUUGAUGACGAGGUGGUGCCCGAGCUGCUAGACGGCGAUGAGUACCAGUUGGUGCUGCCAUCCGGGGCAGUCAUUGGCCAUCGGUCCCUGCUCCGCUACUACCGCCAGCAUCUCCGGCCGGAACGCGCUGUGGUCCUCCAGAAGUCCGACCGCAAACUGCAUCGCGUGCUCAGCGAAUAUCGUGCUCUCGGCUGGACGCACACCCAACAGCUCUCUGCCGCUCGCAAGGCACGCGACAUUCAUCUGAUGAAGCGCGUCCAGUCCAAGUGGCAGAUGAAGCUCGGCUGCAAGGCCAACAAGCUGCAGAAGCACUAUCGCGCCCAGGUUCUGAUAUAAAUCGUUGUUUUCUCUCCAUUUCCUUUUUAAAAAGCUAUAUCUAAAUCCAUUGUACAAUAAAAACGAAUUGAAUUUUGCUUAAA